AUGGUCAAAAGGGAUCUGGCCAUCGGCCUGAUCUUCUUAACACAGACUACCGUUGGAAUCCUGGGCAAUUUCUCACUUCUUUGUCAUUAUAUCAUCCUUUCCUUCACUGAGUACAGGUGGAGGUCCACAGAUUUCAUUCAUAAGCACCUGAUUGUAGCCAACUUCUUAGCCCUACUUUGCAAAGGAGUCCCCCAGACCAUGGCAGCAUUUGGGCGGAAACAUUUCCUCAGUGACAUUGGAUGCAAACUUCUUUCCCUUCUUCACAGAGUGGGGAGGGGAGUGUCCAUUGGUAGCAUCUGCAUCUUGAGCGUCUACCAGGCCAUCACCAUCAGCCCUGGGAACUCCAGGUGGGCAGCGCUUAAAGUUAAAGCGCCCAAAUACAUUUUCCCCUCUAUUUUCCUGUGUUGGGUCCUGCAAAUGCUGGUGAAUAUCAUUUUCCCUAUGUACUUAACGAGCACAUUGAGUGAUAAGAACAUCACAAACAGAAAGGAUUUUGGAUACUGUUCUUCGGUUCGUCAUGACAAAACUAGUGACUCACUGUAUGGACUGUUGUUAUCAUUCCCCGAUGUGUUAUGUCUGGGGCUCAUGCUCUGGGCCAGCAGCUCCAUGGUUUUCCUUCUGUACAGGCACAAGAAGCGAGUCCAACAUAUUCGAAGAACCAAUGCUUCUUCUGCAUCCUCCCCGGAGUCCAGAGCCACCAAAACCAUCCUUCUCCUGGUGAGCACCUUUGUCUGUUUUUACACCCUCUCCUCCAUCUUUCAAGUUGUUGUGGCUUUUUUUGAAAAUCCCAGCUGGAUCAUCAUGAAUGUCACUGCAGUUGUGUCUGUAUGUUUCCCAACUGUCAGCCCCUUUCUGCUCAUGAGCCAUGACUCCAGGGUACCCAGGCUGUGCUUUGCAUGGACAAGGAAUAUAAAAUCCCCUCAUCCAGGGCGCCUGGGUGGUUCAGUCCACUGAGCAUCUCACUCUUGAUUUUAGCUCAGGUCAUGACACCAGGGUCGUGGAAUCAGCAUGGAGCCUGCU